AUGCGGGUGAGUAGGGUGACAAUCUGCUGGCAGUCGGCGCACACGUCCUGCGAGAGGUGGCACCGGGCACGGGGAUCCCUGGGGGUGCCCCCUCCCCGCCUCCCCCGCCGGGUCCCCCCGCUUCUGACGCCGCCAUCCCCACAGACACGGGCGGCGCGCGUGCGCGUGGGCAAAGGGGACAAGCCGGUGACCUACGAGCAGGCGCACGCCCCCCACUACAUCGCCCACCGCAAGGGCUGGCUCUCCCUGCACACCGGGAACCUGGCCGAGGAGCCGGGCGCGGCGGAGCGGGCGGUGGAGGACGCCUUCCUGCGCCGAUUCUUCUACGGCACCUUCCCCGGCAUCCUGGCGGACGAGAUUGUGCUGAAGCGCCGCGCCAACCUGCUGGUGGUCUGCCUGGUGCUGGCGCGGGGCCUGCCGCCCUCCAAGCUCUACUUUCUGGUGGGCUACGCCGAGACCCUCCUCUCCCACUUCUACAAGUGCCCCGUGCGCCUGGAGCUGCAGACAGUGCCCGGCAAGGUGGUCUACAAGUACCUCUAGCGUCUGGCGGUGCCCCCCCACGGUGGUGGUGGUGAAUA